UCAGCCGUGAAGAGUGUGUUCAGGCGGAGCGGAGCCCGUUCCUGGCUGUCGCCGGGGGCCUCCGUUCGUGCAGGCAUUGCGCAGUAGGGAAUAUCGUUUUGCGCUGCCGGCAGGCGGCGGCAGGGCGCGUGCGCGGGGCGGAGACGGGAACCGGCACCGCCGCCAUUUGCCUCUGAAGGGACGGCGAGGCCUCCGGCGGCUGAUCAUGGCCGUCAGCCUGGACAAGGAGGCGUAUUACCGGCGGCUGAAACGGCUGUACAGCCACUGGAAGAAAGGAGAAGAUGAAUAUGGAAAAGUGGAUGCCAUCGUGGUGGCUGUGGGUGUGGACGAGGAGAUUGUGUAUGCAAAGUCCACUGCCUUACAGACCUGGCUGCUGGGCUACGAGCUGACGGACACCAUCAUGGUUUUCUGUGAGGAGCGCAUCAUCUUCAUGGCCAGCAAGAAGAAGGUGGAGUUCCUCAAGCAGGUGGCCAACACCAAGGGCAGUGAGAAUGCCAAUGGAUUGCCUGCCGUCACACUGCUGGUCCGGGAGAAGAAUGAGAGCAACAAAUCAAACUUUGAUAAGAUGAUCGAGGCCAUCAGGAGCAGCAAGGGCGGGAAGGUGAUUGGAGUAUUCAGCAAGGACAAGUUCCCUGGCGACUUCAUGAAGAGCUGGAACGACGCCCUCAACAAGGAAGGACUGGAGAAGGCGGACAUGAGCGCUUCAGUUGCCUACACUCUGGCGGUGAAGGAAGACGUGGAGCUCAACGCCAUGAAGAAAGCGGCUUCCAUCACCUCUGAGGUCUUCAACAAGUUCUUCAAGGAGCGGGUGAUGGAGAUUGUGGAUGCUGAUGAGAAAGUGCGCCACAGCAAGCUGGCAGAAUCGGUGGAGAAGGCCAUCGAGGAGAAGAAGUAUCUGGCAGGUGCGGACCCUUCCACUGUGGAGAUGUGCUACCCCCCCAUCAUCCAGAGUGGAGGCAACUACAACCUGAAGUUCAGCGUGGUCAGUGACAAGAACCACAUGCACUUUGGAGCCAUCACGUGUGCCAUGGGCAUCCGCUACAAGUCCUACUGCUCCAACAUUGUCCGCACGCUGAUGGUAGACCCUCCCCAAGAGAUGCAGGACAACUACAACUUCCUGCUGGAGGUGGAGGACGAGCUGCUGAAGGAGAUGAAGAAUGGUGCCAGGAUCGCUGACGUCUACCAGAACGUCAUGGCCUUUGUGAAGCAGGAGAAACCCGAGCUGUUGACGAAGAUCACCAAGAACCUGGGAUUCGCAAUGGGUAUUGAAUUCCGUGAGGGAUCGCUGGUCAUCAAUGGCAAGAACCAGUAUCGGCUCAAGAAAGGCAUGGUGUUCAGCGUCAAUGUGGGAUUCUCACCCAUGGAAAACCAGGAGGGCCGAACCAAUGAGGCCAAGAACUAUGCCCUCUUCAUCGGGGAUACAGUACAGAUCAAUGAGGACGGAGCUGCGUCUGUCAUCACCAGCGUCAAGAAGAAGAUCAAAAACAUCGGCAUCUUUCUCAAGAACGAAGACGAGGAGGAAGAUGACGAAGUGAAGGAUGAGGCUGAAGAUUUACUGGGCCGUGGAGGGAAAGCCAAUCUGCUGACCGAGAGGACCAGGAACGAAAUGACUUCAGAGGAGAAACGACGGACCCACCAGCGGGAACUUGCUCACCAGCUCAACGAGGAAGCCAAGAGGAGGCUGACAGAAAACAAGGGUGAACAGCAGGCACAGAAAGCACGGAAGUCCCGGGACUCAUACAAGAACCCCUCCCAGAUGCCGAAGGAGGCAGACAUCCGUGACAUGAAGAUCUACAUCGACAAGAAGUAUGAGACGGUCAUCCUGCCCGUCUUCGGCGUGGCCACCCCCUUCCACAUCGCCACCAUCAAGAACAUCAGUACUUCAGUGGAAGGCGAUUACACUUACCUGAGAAUUAACUUCUACUGCCCUGGCAGUGCACUGGGACGCAAUGAGGGCAACCUCUUCCCCAAUCCAGAGGCCACCUUCGUCAAGGAGAUCACCUACCGUGCCUCCAAUCUGAAGACGCCGGGUGAGCAAGCGGUGCCCGCCACCAACCUGCAGAACGCCUUCCGCAUCAUCAAGGAGGUGCAGAAACGGUACAAAACACGCGAGGCUGAGGAGAAGGAGAAAGAGGGUAUCGUGAAACAAGACUCGCUGGUCAUCAACCUGAACCGCAGCAACCCCAAGCUCAAGGACCUGUACAUCAGGCCCAACAUCGCCCAGAAGAGGAUGCAGGGAUCUCUGGAGGCUCACGUCAAUGGGUUUCGCUUUACUUCUGUGCGUGGUGACAAGGUGGACAUCCUGUACAACAACAUCAAGCACUCCAUCUUCCAGCCCUGUGACGGCGAGAUGAUCAUCGUGCUGCACUUCCACCUCAAGAACGCCAUCAUGUUCGGGAAGAGACGGCACACCGAUGUGCAGUUCUACACAGAGGUUGGAGAGAUCACCACAGACCUGGGCAAACACCAACACAUGCACGACCGCGAUGACCUUUACGCUGAGCAGCUGGAGCGAGAGAUGAGGCACAAGCUGAAGACGGCCUUCAAGAACUUCAUCGAGAAGGUGGAGGCACUGACCAAAGAGGAGCUGGAAUUUGAGGUCCCCUUCCGCGACCUAGGGUUUAACGGAGCCCCCUACAGGAGUACGUGUAUGCUGCAGCCCACCAGUAGUUCCCUGGUCAACGUAACGGAAUGGCCUCCGUUCGUGGUGACAUUGGAUGAGGUGGAGCUGGUUCAUUUUGAGAGGGUGCAGUUCCACCUGAAGAACUUUGACAUGGUGAUCGUCUACAAGGAUUACAGCAAGAAAGUCACUAUGAUCAACGCCAUCCCCGUCGCCUCUCUCGACCCCAUUAAGGAAUGGCUGAACUCAUGUGACCUGAAGUACACUGAGGGCGUCCAGUCCCUCAACUGGACCAAGAUCAUGAAGACAAUCGUGGAUGAUCCAGAGGGCUUCUUUGAGCAGGGGGGCUGGUCGUUCUUGGAGCCAGAGGGAGAGGGCAGUGAGGCCGAGAGUCAGGACUCGGAGUCAGAGCUCGAGGACGAAACCUUUAACCCCUCGGAAGACGACGAUGAGGCGGAAGAUGAGGACAGCGAUGAGGAUUACUCCUCAGAGACCGAGGAGUCUGUGAGUGAGGAGUCUCUGGGCAGCGAGGAGAGCGGCAAAGACUGGGAUGAGUUAGAAGAGGAAGCUCGACGAGCGGACCGGGAAUUCCGUGACGAAGAAGAUGAUACCCGCAGCCGGAAGCGGAAGGGUUCCACUACCACCAUGGGAAACAGGAAACGGAGGCGGAAGUGAUCUGUACCCCCACCCUCUCCCCAACCUCCCUCCCUGUCCACCUACCUAUUCUCUGUUAAUAUGCCAUGGACCAAUUUCAAAUGUGACAAUUUAUAGAAAUGUGUUGGGAGAGGUCUCUCUCCCCCUCCCCUCCCCCUCUCACCCCUCCCUCCCCCAUUAAUACCCCCCCCGUUGGUUAGAGUAGCUCUCCCCCUCGGAGUGUGGGGUGGGGGGUGCUUGGGCACUGUCCUUCCUGACCUGUGUGUAUGUGUGUGUGCACGCGCGCCUCGUGUCUGUCCCCCCCGGGUGUGUGGCCCUGUGGAGGGGGUUGUGUGUGUGCACUGCCUGUGUCCCCAGCACCCUCUCUCCCACCUCAGUGGUUGGGGUGGGAGAACUCAGUUGGCUGGCUGGUGGGGUGAGGGCGUCUGCCGUCUGGAACAGGAGUGUAUCUGCAGAGAGUCCUGUCUGGGUGAGGUAUCCUCAUAGAACCAGCCACUCCAGUAUUACCCGGACCAGACACCUUACCCUGUCUGAGCCGGAAGGGCAGCAUCUUGCUCUGCCACCCCCAAACCCCCACCAUCCAGGCAAGUUGGUUCGUUCACGCCUACAUGGGAGAGGCCAGUGGCAUCUGGUUGUGGGGGGGGCAGCACCGUCCAGCUCUUGUCUUUGUGACCUGGCGUCCGGGUCCCGCCAGGCCAGGCGAGACGGUGUCUGCAUGCUGCCAGGUGAGAUGCACCUGGGAGUGGCGUCUAGGUUCUGUCAGACGAUGCUAUCUGGGUUCUGUCAGAGGAGACAGUAUCUUCUGAAUCGCGGCUCCUUCCCCUAUUUUUUUUUUUAUUUUUCAUUUUGAUUGUUGUGAGUUUUUUUCUCAUUAAAGUACAAUUUAUAUAAAACAGA